UGUAAUAUAUAUGUAUAUAUGAUUAAAAUAAUGUAUUAGCCAGAAGUAAACAUUUAUUCAACAAGCCAAAAAAUAAGCAAAACACUUCAACUUGUAUAUUUAUCAUGAAUUGACAAGUUUUACGCUCGCUAUUUAUCUCUUCUAUGGUUCUAGACAAUUGCUUCUCAAAGAACAAUCGUUUAUCAGUGACUGAUCAAAACAAAACAAAAAGUGACUCCAUUUUCUUAUCAUGAAUUUCUGAGUUUGGCAACCUAAAUAGGCAUGUUCUUUGGAGAUUAUCUUUUUUCAGCUUUAUCAAAUGUUGGUAUUCGCACGUUCAGGGUUGACGAACUUGAGAUAGAUGAAAAGGGAUGCAAAGAAUUGCAGAAAACAAUUCAAGAAUCAAGAAUUCUCAUUGUUGUCUUCACUAAAGAGUAUACCUUUUCAGAGAGGUGCCUUGAUGAACUUUUGUUUAUACUUGAGAGUAAGAGAGCUUUUCGACGUUUUGUUCUACCUGUGUUUUAUGAUGUGGAACCCUCAGAAGUCAGGAAACAAAAAGGGAGUUUUGAACAAGAUUCUUUAAUAUAUAAAGAGAGAUGUAAAUCCGGGACCGAAGAAAGGAGACUGGAAUUGUUGCAUAAGGUGAAGGAAAGAAGGCUGCUCUAACAGAAGUUGCUAAUUUGGGAGGAAUGGUCUUAUAGAAUAAAUCUGAUGGGUAAACUUUUACUAGCUUGAUGUUUAUAGGUAGUUUUAUAUUAGUGGAUUUUAAAUUGUUCCAUUGCAGAGUAUGUGCUUUAUUCAUGACUUUAGAUGGUAUUAAAUACAAUUCAAUUUUUAGGUGUGAGUCAAAGUUUAUUCAAGAGAUUGUGAAGGUGGUUGCAGGAAAACUAAAUCGCGCAGUUUUAAGUGUUGCUCUCCAUCCAGUUGGAAUAGAUUCUCGAGUUAGAGAUAUUCAGUCUCUGAUUGAAAGAUGGAUCAACUAGUAUUGAUAUUAUGGCUAUAUAUGGGAUGGGAGGUAUAGGUAAAACUAAACUAGCUAAGACAACUUACAAUAUGAACUUUGACAAAUUUGAUGGCGGCAGCUUUCUUGCUGAUGUAAAUAAAACUUCAGAAAGACAUGAUGGUCUUGUAAGUAUACAAAGAAAGCUUGUUUCAAGUGUUUUGGGGAAGAAUGUUGAGAAGAUAUACAGUGUCGAUGAAGGAGUCAACAAGAUUCAAGAGGCCACUCGAUGCAGAAGAAUUCUUCUUGUUCUCGAUGAUGUAGACGAUAGAGAUCAGUUAAAUAUUGUACUUGGGAUGCGAAAAUGGUUUUAUCUGGGUAGUAAACUUAUCAUUACAACCAGAAAUCGGCACCUAUUUGAUGCUAGUGAGGUCUGCAGAUGUAAGAUGUAUAAGGUCACGCCAUUGAAUGCCCAAGAAUCAAUUCGACUCUUCAGUUGGUAUGCUUUUGGAAAAGAACAACUUUCAGAAGAUCACAAGAACCUUUCAGAAAAUGUGAUACUUCAUUGUAAAUGGAUUCCUUUGGCUCUCAAAGUUUUAGGUUCUUCUCGUUGUGACAGAAGUAUAGAGGUGUGGGAAUGUGCAUUAAGGAAACUAAAGGCAAUCCUUGACAAUAAGAUCCUAGAAAAACUCAAAAUCAGCUAUGAUUUACUACCAGAUGAUGAUGUACAGAAUCUGUACCUCGAUAUUGUUAGUUUCUUUGUUGGAAAAGAUAAACAUUGUGCAGUUACAAUACUUGAUGGAUGUGGUUUUUCUCAGUAGUAGGACUUGAGAUUCUUUCAGAUAGAUAUCUGAUCGAAAUGGACAAGGAUAAGCUGAAAGUGGAUUCAUUGAUUCAAGAUAUGGGGAGAGAGCAAAGUCAGACAAAGAAGAGACUAAAGUAGGUUAUUCACCUAAACCAAAUUAAAACAUGUGACUUCCCCCUCAAUCUCCUGGUUAAAAGUACUGCUCAGAGCUUUUAAUUAAUCACCACAGGUUGGUGAUGAUUUAUCAUGGAAACAACUUAGUGAAUUUUAUACUGUGACUUUCUGCAGUACUUCAACAAUAUUGAUAUGUUUAUAAUUCAUAGAUUAUGAUAACAUGAAAGUUCUUUUGAGCCAAUUCAUAUAACGAGAGGUCUACUGCAUAAACGAAUUAAAAUAUUCUAACUUUAGUUGACUGAAUAAUGUGACUUUAAAUUCACAUAGAACAUGCAUAAAGCAUCUUACCAAAACAGGUUAGUGGCAUCUCUGACUUAGCAGAUCUUAAUUAUUGUAUAGUUAUUUUCUAGAUUUCCUUAGCAAAGACGAUCAUCUCUUUCGAGAUGAAGAAGUUGUAAAGAACAAAACUAAACUAAUCCCACUCGUCAACUACAUUAACCAAUUAAAACACUGGUGGAACAAGAAAGAAGAGAAAGAUUAUGGACUUGAAGAACUAAGGAACACCACAUCUAAACACAUAUUGUUACAAAUUAAGAGGCAAAUUUAAUUCCUACAAGCAUGUUUGAUUCUUAAAUCUUAAUCUUCAAGCAAGCAAACAAAUAGCAGAGGUACUACAAGAAGCCUCGCCAUAAAGGGCGUCAAUGUAACUAUAAAUCUGGAAAAUAUACAUAUAAUUCUAAGAAGAAAUCUAAUAUUUGAAGAGCAGAGAGAUAAAAAAAAGACACGAUUUCACAAUAGUUAUUACUACAAGUUUAGCGACACAGAUUCACCAUUCUAACUUGACGGACAAAAAUAGGGGGAGUAUAGAUAGAGUGACGGAGAGAGAACAGAGGGAGGAGAUCGGAAAAGAAGCCAACAAAAAGAGACGAAAAAGCAGAAGGAAAAAUCAUCCAAAUAUCAUCCAAGCUCAUCGUUACCCUCUCUAAAAAAUCCCAACACCUAAGUUCAUCUUUUCUCUUCCUAUCGAUUAAACUCAUCCCAAACCCAGUUGUUUUUCUGGACAAAAUCAGCUCAACAUUAGCUCCAAAAUAAUCCCAAAACAACCCCAAAAUGCAAUAGUAAAAUGAAAACUAAAAUCCAGAAAAACUAGCUCCAAAAUGCCACCAACAUUUCAGCCGAAAACUCCAUGAAAACAAGUUGAAAAUCAGUCCAAAACAUAAAACAACAACAUUAAAGGGUAGUUAU